CAAGAGUUCACCAUAAAAAGGCUUUGAGGACGUUAGAGUCUGGACGAUGAUGACCGCUAGUCCGUGAAUUGGUUUCUUUGUUAUUCAGGUAUAAUCACAGGAAAUGAGAGUGCGGGCCAUUAGAAAACAGGUGCCGUUGAAAGAUUACAUUACAACCUGUAUGUAGAGCAAGGAUUGAAGGAAGGUUGAAGCAAAGAAGCAAAGAAUGUAGAGGAGAGAAUCCGAGAUUAGAUUAGAUGCACUGUUGGACCGACCACUAUUGGCUCAGCGUACCAUUCUCGUUCGACAGAAAACCUGUGGUAGACAGCUAAGUGGAAUCAAUCUUGGACCUAUAGCCACUACGUACUAGGAAACGUCCUCGAUUCAACAGAAAUGCAGUUUGAUGUAGUCGGUAAAUUCCGGGAUGUGGCACGGACUGUAGAGAACAAGGAAACAAGGCGAAAGAGGUGAGACAAUCCAAUCCUCAUUCAUUUCACUACGCAUCGAGCUCAACGACAUUUCUCUAGAUUUAACCAUAAGCUAUGUCGAGUCCGAGCUCUUCCACCAAUCCCGAAUCGCAUGCCUCACCAAGUGCCCUGGGUACCCGAAAGCAUCCGGCAGAAGAUUCCGUCGACAAAGAGGAACCAGCUAAACGUCCUCGUUUGACAAACUCUUCGCAUGAUGUCAAGCCUGAAGGGCACCCGGGUGAAAGCUCUUCGCGCUCGCCCGAGACCUUAAACCCUCUCAAGCGACCUGCCAAUGACGCUGAGCCUGAGCCUCCGCACUCCGGAGAUAGCGAUAAUAGAGCAAUUAAAAAGAUUCGUCUUGAAAGCCAAUCCAAGCCGGCAGUGGAGCAGCAGAAACCCUCAGGUGGUUCAAGUAAUGCCGAAGAGGCUCGUCACAAGCGGCCACUAGCUGACGAGGCAUUGCCUGACCUAGACGAUGGACCUCCACCUGUCAAGCGCAUUCGCGUGAAAGGUGCAAACCGAUCGAGGAAACCGCAGAAACAACAUGAUGACGCCCUCUUGCUUCCGGUAGAGCUACACCACGAAAUCCUGGAGUGGCUAUGGGUCGAUGGCAGCUUUCUAGAUAGGUACUAUCUCGUGAAGACGCUGCGUGCAUGUGCGCGAACGUGUCUGCGAUGGCGUUCUGCUGCACGGCCACACAUCUUUCGUUUCCUCAAGAUCAAAAGUCCGAGUCGCCUCAAUGACCUCACAGCUCUCAUUCAAGUGGAUCCUCAGGUUGCAGGCUGGAUACAAAAAGUCCGUCUAGAUGGCGUAUCAAUUUCGUACCGGGACGAGCUGCGAAAACGCCUUGGGAGUGUUGACGAAGACAAGGACUGCUGGAUAUACGGGUUCCCAUCAGAGAUCGGAGUCCCACUACCAAGUCUCAAAUGCCUUGAGCUCACCGGUUUUGCUCAUCUGAGCAAGAAGCGCGAAGAUCAAGAAGCAUUCGCUAGCUGGAUUCGAGGAUUGGCAGAAUUACGCUCGGUGGUGGAACUGAAUAUGGUUCGCUGCGAAAUGAGUUCGAAUGGUCUGACUGCUAUAGUUCGUGCAUUUCCAAAGCUGGUUGAGGUCGGCUUCGCCUCAGUCGACUUCACCGCGCCGAAUAUCGCAUCGCUCCGGGAUGACUCAUCCCUUCCUAAUCCCUCGAGCAAGCAAGAGCGUCCCAUCAAGACCGACGUACCCGAUUCCGAAGCCAUUUUCGUCGAUAAAUUAUCUAUCCCGCCGACGCUUGAUGAUGCGAAAGGUACUCCCGCAUCUUCUCACGACGAUCCACCGCUGCCGGUACAUUACCCACUGUUUCAUCCCCCACCCCUGCUGCAAUCGUUCACGAUCAACAAUGUGUUUACUGACUUACUUCAGUUCGACUUUCAUCUCGUUCGCGACUGGCUGCGACCCGAGAUCCUCGCUAGAAGCCUCAAGUCAUUGGAUAUCGAAAGCUUUGUUGAUGGUCCGACUUUAGCCAACUUUAUUGCCUCUCUCGGGAUGUCUCCAGCGUUGGAGUGCCUUCAUUUGUAUGUGGGCGACGGCCAUCAGGGUGUUAUUGACUCCAUGGUGGAUAUCCAUAAUCUAACCAAUCUAACCUCCAUCCGCCUCGUAACUCAUGAAGUUUGUGACCGUGCUGACAUCGAAGCGGCGCAUUACUUUCUUUCUCAGCUCAACGCUCCCCGCCUACAAGCAAUCUCUAUUUCCAUUCCAUACCCUCAUGGGUUCCAGAUGUUCGAGGGAACCGACGAGUACUUGGCCAAGGAGUUUGGUGGCAUCAAGGAACUUCGUGUUGAGUAUUCCGCUGAUAAUCCAGGCAAAACGAAGAAGGAUUGGGAGGAAAUAACAGCUAUGUUUCCGCUGAUGGCCGAACGAGGCAUUCUACGAGUCGACCAUUGGGAUUUACCCUAUCUUUUUUAGACGGUCGAAUCACCACGACUUCCAUAAACAAUUCAUUGAUACGGAAAUAUCCUGGAUUAGCCAUACAGUUACCCCUUUCUGUCGUGCUGGGAACGUCCAUUGUGAGGGAUUGCAUACAAUGAUUAAUCCAACUCUUGCGUGGUUGGAGACCAUUUACGAAUCUUAGCAGGGGCCCUCGACGAAGCUCUGAGGUAUUUGUGACGUGACAACGCACAGGACUGUCUGAUUUCAGGAUAUCCGACUCCUCUUCAGACCGAAUUGAAGGAAAUACUUGAAGUGGAUUUCAUACACGAGUAUGAAAAGGACAUCAUUUGCGUCGUGAUGACAGUUGGUUCGCGGAUUGGUUAUUAUUUUUAUUUUUUGUCUAUUUGGCUAUGAUUGUAAAUAAAUAAAAAUUGAGACCAUGCGUGGCUGCUGAGAAAA